UUGUUUCCCCUUUGUGUGCUCUCCACAGCCCUCUGUUGGACACGUUCCACGCAUGCGUGAUGCAGCUGGGCGCGUGCCAGCAGGACAACUCCGUGCAGCACGUGCUGUCUGCCUACCGCGUGUCGGCUGUGUAUUGUCAAACAGGAGUCUGCACUGAGGCGCUGACGUGCAUGGGCGAUCUCUUUGAGAAUCUCCACAUCCUUGAGACAACAACUGUCUCGUCUGUAGGACCAGCUGCUGCACUCAGCCCUCGACAACUUUGCAUCAUUUCAUCGUCAGUGUUGGACUGUCUUGACCGACCUGCUUGUCACCUGAACCACACCUUUCGUUCAGCAGAUAAAUGCUUCCUUCGCAGACUUGUGCAACGGUACCUUACUUGCUUUUUUUUUCCUUAACCCAAUUCCUGUUGCACGUGCAUUCACUCACAAGGACUGUCGCUUUCGUACCCAAAAACUUUUACUUUUUGAUGAAAAAUAGCAGAUUUCUGAAAACUGUAUCUUUCAACACAAUGUUGACCCCCAUUACUAACCAAUCUUUUUUUCCAGAGAUACAAGCUGCUGACUCACCUGCCGAGAAGUGCCAGCAUUUUGUCAACUGUACGCAAACAUUCGAACUGUUCCCAGAGAGGUUCGGCUCCACAGACCCCGAGGGUCCGUCUGACAGGGCGCUGCUCGUGACGCAGAUGAUGGCGAACCUCACAACGAUUGAAUUCUGGUGCUCGUACCUCCUUCAUUCAUUCACCUGUUUAUCAGACAAUGCUCAGGUGUGCGGGGCACCCGGCCUUCAAGCAGCUCUGUCCCCCGAUCACGUGUCCUCCGUGCGAACUCUCUGCACCGGUCGCUCACCUGUCCAGGAGGAUUUCAUUCAAACCACGGGGAACCUCAGUACAACCGAUCCCGUCACCACCAACGUCCUGUCGUCUAACCUCAGCAGCAUCACCAGUCCCUUGCCUGUACCUCCAGCAAGCAACGCCAACAUCGGCUCGCACGGGAUUUGUACCACAGCCGGUCGCAUCCUGACUUGGAGUGCAGCAGUUCUGGCUCUUGCUUUCAUCGUGGUUCUGAGGAGCGAAUGAAAGCCUGAAUAAGUAUAAAACUCCGAGACAGCUUUUAGCGAGUAGACAAACACUCCAGCAACAUUUCUGUAAAUUGCAAAUUAUAGAUGCUGAUGAAAAUUUAUAUUCAUUAAGAAGUGGCACGAUCAUUUUACUGAGUAAUUUUCUUUAUUACAAUUAUUCCUGUGCAAUUGUAUUCUACUGUUCUAGAAAAUGCCUUGCUCCGUUCAUUGAUUGUCUCCCUUGAAUUGUUUGUGCUCUCCUUACUCCCCACCGCACCCCCGCCUUGUCAUUAAUAAAACAUGCUUGGUAGGCUACUCUUGAUGGAAUUUGUUUCAUCCAAAGCGUCCUUUAAAUAAAUGUAGAAUCUUUUCUACUGUCUCCCUUUUUAAUCGUGUUUUUGUUCUGUUUGGUUUAUGCAGUCCAUUA